UAAUUUGUGCUAAUCAGAAAGGACAAGAAAUUAAAUCAGGCUCUAUGGGGAAAGCAGUACUACCCUAUGAUGUCCAGAUUAUAGAUGAAAAUGGCAACAUCCUACCACCUGGCAAAGAAGGGGAAAUUGCCCUCAGACUAAAAUCUACACGGCCCUUCUGUUUCUUCUCUGAAUAUGUGGACAAUCCAGAGAAAACUGCUGCCACAGUAAGAGGGGAUUUUUAUGUCACUGGAGACAGAGGAGUGAUGGACAGUGACGGGUAUUUCUGGUUUGUCGGCAGAGCUGAUGAUGUCAUCAUAUCCUCUGGGUACCGAAUUGGGCCGUUUGAAGUGGAGAGUGCGCUAAUUGAACACCCAGCAGUUGCUGAAUCAGCUGUUGUCAGUAGUCCGGAUCCAAUCAGAGGAGAGGUAGUGAAAGCUUUUGUUGUCUUAUCUGCACCCUUUAAAUCAUCCAACCCAGAGAAAUUAACUCUUGAACUUCAGGAUCAUGUGAAAAAAUCAACUGCACCUUACAGCUAUCCAAGAAAGGUGGAAUUUGUUCCAGAACUCCCGAAGACAAUCACUGGGAAAAUCAAACGCAAUGUUCUGAGAGACCAUGAAUGGGGUCGAACAUAGCCUAAUAAGAAACUAUGGCAUUAAGUAGUUAUAGGCUUGCUUUCAUUGAGUCCUUGCUUCCUGAUAAUUUAGUGAUUACUCUCUUACAAUGCUGAAGGUUUUUCCUGGUUGAAAAACUCAAUUUUUUUGUUCUGUACUUAGCAAAAUAUUAAAUAAAUGAAUAUCCAAAAAUAUUUGGGAAGAAAACGCUUAUGAUGACCAAACUGACAAAGGCAAUGAUUUUAAUGACUUGCAGGGUUUAAAAUAGCAAAUAAUUACUUAGAAAAGCACAGUGGACAAUGAAUUUAUCUUGUGCCUGAUUAAGUCAAAAUAAAGAUUAGAACUGUUCUAAGAAAAAUGUUCAAGACAGAAUUUCUUCUGCUUAACAUCUUGUAUUACUACUUCUCUAAAGUGAAUUAAAGGGGUGCCUGGGUGGCUCAGUUGGCUAAGCAUCUGACUCCUGAUCUCUGCUUGGGU